UCGCCUCUCCUUCUAUCUGUCGCUCUCUCUCGUAUCUUCAAUUCUUCCCAGGCAAUCCUACGCUACUCUGUCGAAUCUUGGCAAUCGUAGCCGAAUCUAGUGUUGUCUUCGUUCUUUCCUCUGAAGAUUCUUAUCAGGCUACAAAUUUUUGGAACAAAUCUUUUAUCGUAUGCGUGUUCUGUGGAUUUCCUGUAAGCUUAAUCUUGAUCAGUGCUCUUUCAGUACCUGAUUUAAGAUUUGCAUAGGACAUUGCUGUCUUCGGUAUAGCAACUAACUACCAUCAAAAAUCAUCUUGAACGAAUGAUAUUGUGAUUAGCAUGUCUGGACUGAUUGAAGGUCUUCCCGACGCUGUGGCACUGAGGUGUCUUGCAUGGGUACCCUUCUAUCUUCAUCCGAAGUUGGAGCUUGUAUCUCAUUCUUGGCGAGCUGCCGUUCGUGGCCCUGAGCUGUUUAAAGCCCGACAGGACCUUGGUUCAUCCGAGGAUCUGCUCUGUGUUUGUGCUUUUGACCCGGAAAAUUUAUGGCAACUUUAUGACCCUCUCCGAGACCUUUGGAUUUCCCUCCCUGUUCUCCCCUCAAAGAUUAGACACCUUGCGCAUUUCGGUGCUGUGUCUACUGCUGGAAGGCUGUUUGUGCUUGGCGGGGGCAGUGAUGCUGUUGACCCAUUGACAGGUGAUCAUGAUGGGAGUUUCGCCACGGAUGAGGUCUGGUCAUAUGACCCUGUACUGCGUCAGUGGACCCAGCGUGCCUCAAUGCUUGUCCCCCGUGCUAUGUUUGCAUGCUGUGUUUUGAAUGGAAAGAUCAUUGUUGCCGGUGGUUUCACCAGCUGUAGAAAAUCAAUAUCUCAAUCAGAAAUCUAUGAUCCACAGAAGGAUGUAUGGAUCCCAAUGCCUGAUCUCCAUCGCAGUCACAAUUCUGCAUGCUCGGGGAUAGUGCUUGGGGGAAAGGUUCAUGUCUUGCACAAGGGCUUGUCGACAUUGCAAGUCUGGGACCAUACGGGACCUCGGUGGACUGUUCAGGAUUAUGGUUGGCUCCAGGGUCCAAUGGCAGUUGUUCAGGGUGCUCUGUAUGUUUUGAGCCAUGGUCUUAUAUUCAAGCAGGAAAAGGAAGUGAGGAAGGUGGUGGUCUCUGCCUCAGAAUUUCGAAGGAGAAUCGGAUUUGGAAUGAUUUGUCUCGGGGACGAAAUAUACAUAAUUGGAGGGGUGAUUGGCCCUGACAGGUGGAAUUGGGAUAUCAAGCCGAUGCCUGAUGUCGAUAUUUUGACAGUUGGGAGCGAGAGACCAACUUGGCGCCAGGGAGCACCAAUGUCUCGUUGUCGCGGAACGAUUCUCGGAUGUACAUUUCUGAGGAUCUAGGUCUCCAUAAAUUGUGCUAUCAAUUGCCAAGUUGCGUCCUUUUGGAAGGCCAAAGAAUGACCUUAUUUCCUUUCCUGCUUGUUUGUUUUGUUUGUAAGCUGUAUUCUUUGUACUUGUUUUUCUGUUGAUCUUUGGAAUGUUUAGGAGGGAAAUCAAUUUGUAGUGAGCUCAAUUGUUUAAAUACUUGAUCGGUUCUUGUUUCAUGUCA